UCGUCUCGCUCACUCGUCGUCCGGCGCGCGUCCGAAACGUAGGAGUGGUUCCUCCUCUUUAUUUUGUUAACUCGUUUUCACACUAACUGUCUGAAUCAAUAUGUCUGGUCUUGCGGAUCCAGUGGCAUUCGCCAAGGAUUUCUUGGCUGGUGGUGUAGCCGCCGCUAUCUCGAAAACGGCGGUUGCUCCCAUCGAACGCGUAAAGCUGUUGCUGCAGGUACAGCAUAUCUCCAAGCAAAUUGCUGAAGACCAGCGUUACAAAGGUAUGAUUGACUGCUUUGUGCGCAUUCCAAAAGAACAAGGAUUUCUCAGUUAUUGGCGUGGUAACUUUGCCAAUGUUAUCAGAUAUUUUCCCACACAAGCUUUGAACUUUGCCUUCAAAGACAAGUACAAGCAAGUUUUCCUUGGUGGUGUUGACAAAAACACACAGUUUAUGCGUUACUUUGUUGGAAAUUUGGCCUCUGGUGGUGCUGCUGGUGCUACAUCUCUGUGCUUUGUCUAUCCUCUUGACUUUGCCAGAACUAGGUUGGCUGCUGAUGUAGGCAAAGCUGGAGGUGAACGUGAAUUCUCAGGUCUUGGUAACUGUCUGACUAAGAUCUUCAAGACUGACGGUAUUGGUGGCCUCUAUCGUGGUUUCGGUGUAUCCGUCCAGGGUAUCAUCAUUUAUCGUGCUGCCUACUUUGGUUUCUAUGAUACUGCCCGUGGUAUGCUCCCUGAUCCCAAAAAGACACCAUUCCUUAUUUCAUGGGGUAUUGCUCAGGUUGUCACAACUGUUGCGGGUAUUGUAUCUUAUCCAUUUGACACAGUACGUAGGCGUAUGAUGAUGCAGUCUGGUCGCGCCAAAUCCGAUAUGUUAUACAAGAGUACCCUUCACUGUUGGGCCACUAUCUACAAGUCAGAAGGUGGUGGUGCUUUCUUCAAAGGAGCAUUCUCCAACGUUCUUCGUGGUACAGGUGGUGCACUCGUGCUGGUACUUUAUGAUGAAAUCAAGAAUCUCCUUUAAGACAUAAUAACGAUCCUCACCUCAUUACCUUCACAACUACAAUUGCAAGUACCAUCUUUAUUACCCUCACCAUCCGACAUAACAACAGAUCAAGUGAUUUCCUGACUGAAACAGUACAUGAACUGUCGAGAAAUUUGAGAACAGUUUAGACUAUGAUCUUUUGGUAGCAUCUUGUGAAAUGCAUGAAACUCGGCAGAAUAUGUAUCUUGAUUGUAGAAGAGAAUUCGCUUAAUUUAUUGCCGGAUUCAGUAUUUUCUUGCAGUAGCUCACAUGUUCCAUAUUUCAUAUUCCCUUUUACGAAGUAGUGGAUAUAUGAAAUGUUUGAUACAUGUGACUAUAUAGGCGAUGGUCGAGACAUAAAGUAGUAAAAAUAAUUAUCUAAACAAAAAAGAAGAAAAUAACAAAAAUAAGCGUAUACAUUUGAGCAAGAGAAGGACGCGCGACGAAAUACCAUUACGGCGACGGCGGGACGCGUAGACUUGGGCCGCCCCCCCGCCCUUAUUCUCGGCCCGUUGUAGAUAAUAAAUGAUCAUAUUACCGAUAUCAAUGAAGUUCAUCGAGUUUCAGUGAACAGUAAUUUAAUUUCACACUCCAGGCUACUACGUGUAAGAUAAUGAGAAACGUUACUUCUAAGUGUAUGCAUCCAAUGUGUUCAUGUUAGGAUGUGUGCAAAGAAACCAACGGAUCAAUAAAAGUAAUGACAAAACAUGA